AUGAUCUUUGGAAAAAGUGAGGACAAGAAGAAGUCCCUUUGCAAACUCAUCAUGCAGAAACAGCAAACUAAGUUUUACAAAUUUAACCCUUUAAAGGAAAGUGAGUAUGCUUGUGGAGAAUGGAGAGGAAAACCAGUGACGGUUGUAAAAUGUCCUGAUAUCUUCAAUCUUUCAGUGGAAGCUUUAUUAGAAGAAAUGAACAGUUGUUUGAACCUUUGCCGUCCUGGACCACAUGUUCUGCUGCUGUUAGUGAAGCCUUCAGAUUUCAAUGAGAAGAACAGAAAAACACUGAAGUUUGUCUUGACUUUGUUUCAUCAAGAUGCCUUCAAGCAUGCCAUGGUCGUCAUAACACAUGAUAAUGAAAUGAUACCUUCUGCUAAUGAACUUUUGAGGGAUUGCAAUGGAAGACACUACAAUAUGUUUAGAGAAGAUUUCACACAGUUGAUGGAGGAGAUCGAGAACAUAGUGCAUGAAAACAAAGGAGCAUAUCUUUCCUUGAAAGAAGAGACCAGCAGACCCCAGCAGGAACAGAUCAAACCUCCACUAAACCUGGUUCUGUGUGGGAGGAGAGGAGCAGGGAAGACCUCAGCAGUCAAGGCCAUCUUAGGUCAGACAUACCUAAGACCCAACUCAUCAGAGAGCUUUAAAAACCAGGGAGAGGUCAGCGGACGUCGGGUUUCUCUGGUGGAGCUGCCUGCCUUGCAUGGAAGAACUCAGCAGGAAGUGAUGGAUGAAUCAUUCAGGUGCGUCUCCCUCUGUGAUCCUGAGGGGGUCCAUGCCUUCAUCCUGGUCCUACCUGUAGGUCCCCUCACUGAUGAAGACAAAGGAGAGUUACAGACCAUCCAGGACACAUUCAGCUCUGUGGUCAAUGACUUCACCAUGGUUCUGCUCACUGUGGAGUCAGAUCCUAAAGCUUCAGCUUUUGUUAACUAUAUAAGGAAAAACAGAGACAUCCAGGACCUAAUUCACAGCUGUGGAGGAAGAUAUUUUAUCUUCAACAUUGAGGACAAGCAGCAGAGUCCAGAACUGCUAACGCAGGUGGAAAAAACAAUCAUUCUGAAGAAUUUACCAUGUUUUUACACUUCAGAGACAUUUACAAAGGCCCUAAUGGAGACGACCAUACAACAAGAUGAACACAUCACCAGACUAAAGGCUGAAAUGAAGAAACUCAAAAAGACACAGUCUGAUCUUUGUACUGAACCAGAUCAGAGCUCUGCGAGUCUGAGGAUUGUUCUAAUUGGAAAGACCGGUUGUGGAAAGAGUUCUUCUGGAAACACAAUUCUGGGACGUAAAGCCUUUAAAGCCGAGUCCAGCCCCAAAUCAGUCACAAAACGUUGUCAGAAAGAAGAGUGUGUGGUGGACGGUCGUCCUGUUGCUGUCGUCGACACUCCUGGUUUAUUUGAUGACAGUUUGAGCCAUGAAGAAGUUAAUGAUGAAACUUUGAAAUGUAUGAGUCUCCUGGCUCCAGGUCCACAUGUCUUCCUGCUGGUGUUACAGAUCGGGAGAUUCACUCCAGAGGAGAAAGAGACUUUGAGAUUAAUAAAGGAAGGCUUUGGGAAAGGUUCAGAAAAGUUCACCAUCAUUCUUUUUACAAAUGGGGAUAAAUUGGAAAAUGAUGAGAAGACAAUUGAGGAAUACCUAAGAGAAGAUGAUUUGUUAGAGAAGCUCAUUUCUGACUGUGGAGGGAGAUACCAUGUGUUUAAAAACUAUGGCAAACAGAACCGAACACAAGUCAGUGACCUGAUUAGAAAGAUUGACAGGAUGGUGAAGGAAAAUAACGGCUGCUUCUACACCAAUGAGAUGCUGCAGGAGGCUGAAGCUGCCAUCCAGAAAAAAACAGAGAAGAUUCUCAAGGAGAAAGAAGAAGAGAUGAAGAGAGAGAGGGAGGAACUUAAGAGAAAGUAUGAGGAAGAUAUGCAAGAAAUUAAAAGGAAAAUGGAAGAAGAAAAAGAAAAACUAAAACAGGAAGCAGACCGGAAACUGAAGGAAAUGAAAGAGAAUAUUGAUAAAGAGAAUAAACAGAGAGAGAGGGAGCAGGAAGAGAGAGAAAAAGAAAAGAGGAAAAGAGAAACCGAUGACAAAACUCAUCGACAGAGUUUGAUACAGCAGCUUGAAGAUCUGGACAAACAAAUUCAGUCUGCGAAAGAGGAAAAGAACAGUGUCAACAGAGAGCUGGAAAGGAUCAGAGAAGAGAAGGAGAAAGAUAAAGAGGCUUGGGAAAAAGAACGCAAAGAAUGGUGGGAGAAACAAAAAGAGGAGGAAGAGAAGAGAAAAGAGGAAGAGCAAAGAAAACUGAGAGAACUUGAGGAGCAGUACAAGAAGGAACGUGAAAGAUAUGAAGAGGAAAGAAAGAAAGAAGAACAAAUCAGAAGAGAACAAGAAGAAAAAGAACGAAAGAUUUUAGAGGAAAAGCUGGAACGACUUCAAAAGGAAUACAAAGACAGAGCGAGAGAGGAAGCUGUGAAGUCAAACGAAUUCCAGGAGAAGUAUAAAAAGGAGUUUGAAGCACAAAAGGAGGCGCUUGAGAAGCAAAUGAAGGACAAGGAUGAGAAGUAUGACCUGUUGAAGGCACUGGCAGCACACAAGGAAGCAGAAAAGAGGAAAAAACAUCAGCUUGAAAUUAGUAAUUUAGUGAACUGUGUCUCCAAGAAGAGAGGAAAUAUAACAGCAGUUAAAGAUUUACUGAUAAAACAUGAGAAAGAAUUAAAGCAGACCAAAACAGAGAUGGAAAAGGAAAAAAUGCAGAAAAAUCAUGAAACUGAAAUAAGUGAACUGGUGGAGAAACUUCUUGAGGAAACAGGGACAAAAUCCUCUUGUCCAAUUUUAUGA